UUACAAUGCUCCUCCUCUCAUUACUCCAGCAGCACCAGUCUGGUGUACGUCAGCAGGAAUUGUAUGCAUUACACUGCUGUACAAUGAGGAAGAGAGUGCAUACGAAAUGCCAAGAAGGAGACUCAAACUGAGACCCAGAGCUGCACAUUCUCCUUCAAUUGUUGCUUGCUUUCUUUAACCCCAACAUGGGCUAAAAGGUCAUUUUGCACAGCCUUUUUGUUUCCUCCAUGCACUUAUUAGCUGGAAGCCUCUAAUUUAAAGGGAUAUGUGGAUUUAACACAAAAUCUGUCUUUUGCAUUAUUUUGGAGCCUGACCUCAGCAGGGGUCACAAAUAGGAAGAGAGCCUGUUUUGUGGAGAGAAUGGCCCAGUCUAUGGCAGGAUGAUGAUGCUGUUUGCUCACGAUCAUUUCUUCAUUUGCUCCUGUUCUGCACAUUUCCUAUGGCCUGACUAUUAGGUGCUCUCCAAGGUGCUGGAAUGCUCUCAGCCCUCUAUGAUGGCAGAGAACGGAUUGCAAAAUUAAAGGAGACGGAUCCCAUUUUAUUUCAGAAGAAUAUAGGCUGUGUCUUUGUUUCCUUAUCCCUCAUUAAUCUACAGUACAGCGGCAUCAACAGACUAAAGCGGCCAGGCAGAGGCAGAGAGAAAGCAAGACUGCCGGCAAUCACAGGGGAGGAGGGCACAUACCAUGAGCCAGACUGCUUGAAACCGUCUGCAGCUAAGUAGCAAGACGCAGACACGUCAUUUCAUCAGGAAUAAGCCAUUUUACUGGAUUGAUUUUCAUUUCUCAUUUCCUACAUGUUUUUGCCUUGUUAGAAUACACUCAAAUGAGGUACCACAUAGGGCUGAGUGGGAUUGCAUUUGAUGGUGCUGUAAUCCUCUGUGUAGUGAAGUGGAGAGAAACCAUCCAGCAUCUUCUCUCCUGGACCACAACGAAGGGUGUCCUUCGUACACACCCAGUAUCAAAGCAAUCUUAUUGUUGAAUUUGGAUUUAAAGAGGGAAAACAUUGCUUUUUAUUUUCUGCCAACAUUUUUUGCACUUUGCUGGACAGGCUUAUAAAUGUGAAGAUUUAUUGAAUAUUAAUGGCUAAGGUGCAGGAUUCAAAAUGCACUUUAGCUGAAGAAACUCAGGCUGCCUGGAAGUCUGUCUUAUGGUGCUGAAAUAUUCUUGCGGAUUGCACUGAGACCAACCCUGGGGAAGGGCUUCUACUGAUGUAACAAACUUUUAAUAAAGAAGAAUUACGUUUGAUAUUUACCCUUGGCAGACAACUAGACAUUAUUCUUGCUGAACUGUGCCCAUUUUCAUAUUAUCAUAUACAAGAUGAUGAAUUCCAAUGCAGAGGAAGAUAAAUUGAGUGCAUUUCUCCAGUAUAUUGAAGAUAUGGGGCUAAAGGCCUAUGAUGGUUUGGUGAUUCAGAAUGCUUCAGAUAUCGCCAGAGAGAAUGAUCGGCUGAGAAAUGAAGCUAAUCUGGCUUACUUGAAAGAAAAACAUGAAAAGCGUAGAAAACAAGAGGUCAUUAAACGCAUUGGUGGAGAAGUAGCAAGAGGAACAGAAGGGAGCUAUGUGAAUAAACACUUUCGUAUGGGAUUUAUGACAAUGCCUGCUCCACAAGACAGGUUACCACACCCAUGCUCCAGUGGAUUUUCUGUGCGUUCUCAGUCACUUCAUUCUGUGGGUGGAACUGAGGACGACAGCAGCGGUUGUUCUCGUAAACAGCCACCACCAAAGCCAAAACGAGAUCCAAACACAAAGCUGAGCAUUUCAUCUGAAACUGUAAACUUUGGAACACUAGGCAAGAGCCCAAAAUUCACAGACAGAACAGAUAUUUCAGCAAAGCAGAGACCACAUAGUGAUGAAUAUACUAAGAAGAUCCCACCACCCAAGCCGAAGAGAAAUCCAAACACUCACCUUAGUACAUCAUUUGAUGAAACGUACAUAAAAAAGCAUGGCUCAAUGAAGAGUACAUUAUUCAGAGAAUCAUCUUCAUCACAUAUUAGCACCACUGCACUUGAUAGAGAGGAUGAAGAACCUGUUUAUAUAGAAAUGGUUGGAAACAUACUAAGAGACUUUAAAAGAGAUGAUGAAGACCAAAGUGAAGCUGUAUAUGAGGAAAUGAAAUACCCUAUCUUUGAUGAUAUAGUUCAAGAUUCUAGAUGUCUUUAUGAAGUAGAUCAUAUCAGUUGCUCUUCUCAAUGUGCUACUCCCACAGUGCCUGACUUAGAAUUCACCAAGUCCUCAGUGCCAUCAACCCCAAAAGGCCAGGUUUGCGAUAUUCCACCUCCCUUCCCAAACUUACUUUCUCAAAGGCCACCAUUAUUGGUGUUUCCACCAGCACCAGCUCAGUGUUCCCCAAAUUCUGAUGAGUCGCCUUUAACUCCACUUGAGUUUUCAAAACUACCUGUACUAGAAAAUGUGUCUUACAUCAAACAACAAGGUAGUCCUUCAUCCUCAUCACACAUUCCAGGACAUCAAAAGGUGGAGAAGGACCCAACUAUUGUAUCACAUGGAACUAGUUCAUCUGGGCACUCUCAGUCUUCUCCUCCACAUUCUUCUACAAUGUACAGAACUCAGUCUCCACAUGGUUAUCCUAAAUGUCAUUCUGCUUCACCUUCUCCUGUGAGCAUGGGUAGGUCAUUAACUCCUUUAAGCCUCAAAAGACCACCACCUUAUGAAUCUGUCCAUACGGGAAGUCUCUCAAGAAGUUCUCCAUCGGUGCCUCAUUCUACAGUCAGAAAUAGCCCUCAAGAAGGGAAGUCAGUUAAUGCAUCUACCAGUACUUAUAAUUCAUCUCAAAGCAGCUUACGUUCCAGGACACCUACUAGUCCCCUUGAAGAAUUAUCCAGCCUCCUUACCUCAGGAAGAAGCUUGCUGAGGAAACCCUCCAGUGGAAGACGUUCUAAAGAACCUUCAGAAAAACCACCAGAUGAAAUAAAAGUCAGAAGCCACAGCACGGAACCCUUACCAAAGUUGGAAAAUAAAGAGCGAGCUGUUCAUCAUUCAUCACCUCCAUCAAGAGAUUCUGUAAAAUCUCAGGAAUGGGAUGGAACUCCUGGUCCAACUCAUGUCUCAAGUAGGCUUGGAAGAUCAUCUGUUAGCCCAACAAUGCUAGCAGGAAAUAACAGCUCAGAAAUGAGAAUCAGCUGCAAAUUAGGUCGAUCAGCUUCCACUUCAGGUGUGCCUCCUCCAUCAGUUACCCCCCUCAGGCAAGCAAGUGAGCAACAACAGAGCCAGAUAUAUGUCACGUCUUCCCUGGGGAGACGCCGUGGAGUACCAGGAAGUUGGGAGCCUAAAGACUGGGUAACCCGAGAUGUAACCAUACACAGCAGUACUGAGAUGCCAUCUAUGCAGUGGCUUUGUGGUGACCACACCAUGAUGGAAAUGAUUGAGAAAAAACGUUCUCUGUGCAAAGAGAUACAAUCAAGACAAAAAACUGAGAAGGCUCUGUGUAAACAAGAAAGCAUGCCUAUCCUGCCAAGCUGGAAAAAGAGUAAUGGAGCCAAGAAAUUCAGCCCUCCUUCUAAUUCCCAACAGCAAACUGUGUUUUGGGACACUGCCAUAUGAUGCAAGCCUACCCAGUACUAAGGUUUGAAUUGCACAGGUAGCAGUGCUCAUCUAGUAAUUGUUGACUCUUUAGGGUACUAGAAUUCCAUGUGCUCUUCAAUGUUUGCCUCCUGCAAAAUCAAAGAAGAUCUCCCUACUUCAAGUCACAAAUAUAUAUCAUUUUUUGAGUGCAUAUAUAAAAGAGAAUAUUAAAUGUAAAUACCUAAUUAAUUUAUUACUUUUAAAAAAAAAAGUAAACACAACUGUUAAAAAAUGUUAUAAAUGAUAAUUUUGAUAUUUUGUGUAAUGUUAAUAAUUGUUAUUAAUAACCAAGUCAUUCUUUGAUGUUCCCUUUGGCAAUGCUUUGGAAAAUUUUCUACUGAAGCUUGUGUUCUCCUUAUAUUUCUAUUAGCUACUGAAAUGGAAAAAAAAAUGAGAUCAAUUAUUUAUGUACUACAAAAGAAACCAGAAAGAGAAAAGAAGUUACGUUUUACAGUAUAGUGUUCUAGAUUUUCAUCGUCAGAGUACUAAGAAGUAUACUACCUACCUGGUGUCCUGUAUGUAUCUUUAAAAUUGCUCCUCACAAACCUAUUUUUGCUUGUAUAACAUGGGGUAGAUGUAUAGGACAGACAAUAAACCAGUUAUUAUUCAUCAGGA